AUGGCCCUAGCUGAGCUCCGUUUGAGCCAGGGUGGGCUCUCUGGAGUGUGUACCGUGACCCUAUUCGGCAACGGCCAGCAGUUAAGGAGAAUCCUUCGUAAAAAUUUUUUCAAUUUUUUGAUUGCGGGGUUAAGUCAAGGAAGGUCAUAUCGUAGGCAAUUGUUUGAUGAGAUAUUUGAUUUUAGUGAAGAUGAUAGUUUGUUCGCUGAAGAUGUGGAGGAAGAUGAAUUAGCUGCUGAUCAAGAUAUGAACGAAGGAGGCAUUAGAGCAGUAGCAAACACUAAUGCUAUUGAAGAAGGUCCUCUAACAGGGAUGUUAUUUCCUUGUAUCAGCACUAUGUUCAACUUCUAUAAAGAACAUGCUAGAUUGAAAGGUUUUAGUGUUUUCAAAAAAUCAGCAGUUAAUGUACGGAGUGGAUCUCAUAAAUAUCAAACAAUUAGUUGCGAUAAAGGAAGGAAAGCAAUUGGUGCGAAAUCAUCAAAAAGGAUAAAUUGUCCUGCAAAGAUUAAUGCAAUCCUAAGAGAAAAUGGAAUGUGGCAGAUUUCAAAAGUUAUUUCAAGUCACAAUCACGAAUUGGAACCUUCUAUGUCUAGAUUGAUGGUUGCUCACAGGUCACUGAAUAUGGAUAUGAAGAGGAGAUUGGAGGCAAACGAUAUAGCUGGCAUAAGACCUGGAAAAAGCAUUAGGUUGCUUGAAGUUCAAGCAGGUGGACCAGAAAAUUUAAGCUGUUUGUCAAAGGAUUGUCGAAACUUCAUUGAGCGAAAGAGGAGGCUACGACUUGGUGAUGGUGAUGCUGAGGCUAUACGUAAGUUGUUUGUGAGAAUGCAACGAAACGAUCCUGAGUUUUUCUAUUCAUUUGAUCUUGAUGAUGAUUCCAGGCUUUCAAAUGUUCUAUGGGUUCAUCCUCGUAGUCGAGCUGCUUACGAGGAAUUCAAUGAUGUUGUUAGUUUUGACACUACUUACCUUGUUAAUCGAUACAAGUUGCCAUUUGCCACCAUUGUUGGAGUAAAUCAUCAUGGGCCAUCUAUUUUAUUAGGAUGCGCCUUGAUCUCACAUGAAGAUGUAAACACUUUUAAGUGGUUGUUCAUGACGUGGCUUGAAGCAAUGGAAGAUGUUCAUCCUAAUUCUAUUCUUACAAAUCAAUGCGAGAGCAUGAGGAAAGCCAUUAGGGAGGUACCUGAGAAGUUUAGGGGUGUUAUUAAUUAUGAUAGUGCAUGCCUUGAGUUUAAAGCUGUAAUAUAUGAUAGCUUAACCAUCGAGAUGUUUGAGAGAAAUUGGAAUGAGUUUGUGGUGAAGCAUGGGUUGGAAAGAAAUGAAUGGCUUUCCAAACUAUAUGUUGAUAGGGAGUAUUGGGUUCCAAUUUAUCUCAAUCACACAUUUUGGGAUGGAAUGGUUUCGACUCAAAGGAGUGAGAGCAUGCAUGGCUAUUUUGAUGGGUAUGUUAACUCAAUGAGCACACUAAAGCAAUUUGUGGAGCAGUAUGAGAUUGCUAUGUGUGACAAGAAUGAAAAGGAGUUCUAUGCUGAUUUCAAAUCAAAAAACACAGUUUUAAAUUGCAUAUAUGUUUUUGAAUGGGAACAACAGUUUCAAAAGGCAUUUACUAAUUCAAUAUUCAAGCUCGUUCAAGAGGAGAUUAAAUGA